UGUUGCAACAGCACAUAAAUUCGCCAAAGAGUUUUUGGUGAAUGAUGCUGGAAUGACAGUCCUUGGCCAGAUAUGAAUCUGGGUCGUUCUGGCGAUUUUUCAAGGUACUACUGCCGUUUAAGAAUUUCUUUAGACGCAACAACUGCUAUAAGCAAUUUCAAGAGUAAAAAGUAAAAGUAUAAAAGUAAAGGUUAUAGAGAGGAUCUAAUCUUUCUUUUGUUCUCUCUUGUAAUUAUUUACAUUUAAAAAUGAUUUUUUGUUUUUCAAUAAAAUAAUUAAUUUAGGUUGUGGAGGGCAAACAAUCCAGCAGCGCAAGCCAGAGAUUAUUGGGCAAAAGCGCUAGCUAUUGACCAGCGAUUGCAGUUUGAACAGCAGCAACAACAGAAUGAUCUUUCAAAGCAUAAUGCAACUGACUCCUACCUGACAGAGGAUCUUCCAGUAGAGAAUGAAACUGUCUCCGAUUUAACAGAAGAUCUUCCAAUUGACCAGAAAUACCAGUCAGAACAACACAAUGCAUCCUCCUCCUCUAUGAUGAAAGAUCUGGCAGUGGUUAAUGAAACUGCCUCCGAAUUGACAGCAGAUUUUUCAAUGCACAAUGAUGCUGAUUCGAAUACAUCAACCUCAAGUAAUGCGAAAACUUCUACGGAGCGAUCAAGACUAUGGAGAGAAAGGCUGAAUAGCCUAACUAAGGCAGAGCGGAGCAGAAAUGGUAGGGAAAGAAAUCGCGCAGGCGUGUGUAUUAUCAAGCCAGGGGCAAAAUCAAGCGUACAACGUAACCACGAAUGGAGAGAGAGGAAGAAAAUAAUGCACCAGCGACUAGAAAUUUACUCCUACCUGACAAAAGAUCUUCCAGUGCAGAAUGAAAUUGUCUCCGAAUUGACAGAAGAUCUUCCAAUGCAGAAUGAUGCUGAUUCGAAUACAAUAACCACAAGUAAUGCGAAAACAUCUACGGAGCGAUCAAGACUAUUCAGAGAAAGGCUGAAAAGGCUUAUAGCGGUUUAUAGGGAAAGAAAGCGUGCAGGCGGGUGCAUUAUAAAGCCAGUUGCCAAAUCAAACGUGCAACCUGAAACUCACUCCUACCUGAAAGAAGAUCUUCCAGUGCAGAGUGAAACUCUCUCCGAAUUGACAGAAGAUCUCUCAAUUGACCAGAAAUACCAGUCAGAACAGCUCCAACCUGAUGAUUCUUACUCCUCUUUGAUAAAAGAUCAUCCAGUGCGGAAUGAAACUGUCUCCGAUUUGACAGAAUAUCUUCCAAUGCAGAAUGAUGCUGGUUCGAAUACAUUAACCUCAAGUAAUGCGAAAACUUCUAUGGAGCGAUCAAGACUAAUCAGAGAAAGGCUGAAGAGGCUUAUAGCGGUUUAUAGGGAAAGAAAGCGUGCAGUUGCCAAAUCAAACGUGCAACCUGAAACUCACUCCUACCUGAAAGAAGAUCUUCCAGUGCAGAGUAAAACUGUCUCCGAUUUGACAGAAGAUCUUUCAAUUGAACAGCAAUUUCAGUUAGAACAGCACCAACAACAUAACGAAUCUUGCUCCUAUUUGAUAAAAGAACUUCCAGUGAAGAAUGAAACUGUCUCCGAUUUGACAGAAAAUCUGCCAAUGCAGAAUGAUGCUGAUUCGAAUAACUCAACCAAAAAAGAAAACCUGAACAGGUUAACUGAGGCAGCGCGUGCAGGCGUGUGUAUUAUCAAGCCAGUUGCCAUAUCAAGCGUACAACGUAACCGCGAAUGGAGAGAGAGGAAGAGAAUAAUAGGCCAGCAACUUUACGCCGCUAUAACGCAAGGGUAAUUCUUAUUAGCGAGAAAUGAAUCGCCAAAAUUUUCCAUUCCGUAGUAUGGCAUAGGCACACUAAGUAUUUUACUUGUCGCCACUACUCUAUUUUGUGAUUUUGUCAAGGCGCAGAGCACAAAGUGAAGGAGAAGUUCGGUCUAGCAUUUGUCAAAAGCGCUAAUUGUUUGUUUUUAUAUGUGUGUUUUUUUUUUUUGAAUAUAUAGGCCA